AUGAUUGCUCCCAAGACCUACCAAUUUCUCGUCGGCGUCUUCGCCUCGCUCGGAUCCUUCAACUACGGUUACGAUCUCGGCGUCAUUGGGGGUAGUGUUGCCUCGACUUCCUUCAUCUCGUCUUUCCACCCCAACGCAAAUGAAGUCGGCGCCGUCGUGUCCCUUUUCACGGGCGGAGGCUUCUUUGGAGCGUUUGCGGCUGGUCCCUUGGGUGACUGGCUGGGCCGAAGACUGGCAAUCAUGAUCGGUGCUAUAAUUUUCUGCCUUGGUGGUGCCUUGCAAGCAGCUGGCCACAGUCUGUCCUUCUUCUAUUCUGGUCGAGCUGUUGCUGGGCUUGGCGUUGGUAUUCUGGUCAUGAUUGUGCCAAUGUACCAAGCCGAGAUCGCGCAUCCUUCUAUCAGAGGCCGUGUCACUGGCCUACAGCAAUUGAUGCUCGGUAUUGGUGCAGUCGUAGCAACAUGGACCGUCUACGGUACCAACAAGAAUUUGAGCACAAGCGAACAGUGGCGAAUCCCUCUUGGCCUUCAAAUCGUCCCUGCUGGCAUCCUUGCCCUUAUGAUUCUACUUUUUCCAGAGUCACCCCGCUGGCUUAUCGAUCACGGCAGAGAAGAGGAAGGCCUCAAGGUCUUAGCCAAGCUUCAUACCAAUGGGAAUGAAAAUGAUCCAUGGGUCCAGGCCGAGUACUUCCAAAUCCAAUCUGCCAUUGCCAACGAGCACGAGCUUGAAGCAAAAGGCUACCGGGAUUUAUUUACCGACCGUGCGAGCUUCCGCCGUCUCUUCCUUGUCACUGCCCUGCAGGCCUCCGUCCAGAUGACUGGCGUAUCAGCCAUCCAGUACUUCACUCCCGACAUCUACAAAGCCAUGAACAUUAAUACUGAGAGUUCAUUAAAGUAUCAGGCUAUUAGCAACGUACUUUCUGUUCUUGCCCAGCUCUGCACUGUGCUUUUCAUCGAUAAGCUCGGUCGUCGCUGGCCGUUGAUCAUCGGUAACGGUAUCAACUGUAUUUGCUUCAUCAUCGUGACUGCAGCUCAGUCUAGCUUCCCUCAUGCUUCUUCGUCGUUGCAGAACUUACUUGGCUGGCUCUUCAUCGUUACCAACUGGUGCUAUCAAGUCAGUUUCUCUUUUACCUGUGGCUCCCUUUCAUGGAUCAUCCCGGCCGAGGUAUUUGACACAAAGACACGUUCCAAGGGCAUCUCCAUUGGCGUCAUGACCUCGUUUGCUUUCAAUACCAUGAUUGGACAGGUUACAGCCCCUGCUAUUAAGAGCAUCGGUUGGAGGUACUUCCUGGUAUUUGUGGUUUGCAAUUUCACAAAUGCCAUCUUUUUCUGGGCGUUCAUGCCAGAGACGAAACUGCUGCCGCUGGAAGAGAUGAAUGUCUUGUUUUCUAGUACCUCUUGGUUUGUGCCUGGGACCUCGCAGAAGCGCACGAGUGACUUGGAUGCCAGGGUCGAAGAGGCUAAGUUGCAGAAGGAGGGUGUGGAGGUUGAGACUGUACGAGAUUAA